ACCAACUCAACGAGGUGAGCUUUGUCUUGAACGAUGAAAUGAAAGCCGAAUAUAGUAAUGACGACGGGAUCUCUAUGGCCCUUUUAAUUUUUAUCGUUUACGUUUGCAUCUACUACCAGUUGACCUUAAAUCCAAGACUCCCUCUUCAGAUUUUAUGAAUCCUCCAAAUCAGUUUCUUCAACGAAUGCACUACAAAACACAAGCACAACCAUAUAUUCAACCUAUUGAUUCUCAGCCUUCAUCUCUGUGUGACAGAACUAGUUACAGGCUCGUAUGGACCCUGUGAGAGGGCACUGGGGACUGAAGAGGAGUGUGGAAGCAGUAGCAGUUGGAGUUGUUUUUGUUGGUGUAGUUUCAGUUUUUCUGGGCCUCAGACCCCAAAAGAUUCAAUCAAGUGGUUGUCACUUUCCGGCAAUCUAUAACUUUGGCGAUUCAAAUUCCGACACAGGUGCUUUAUCAGCUGUGUUUUAUCGGCUUCCUUCUCCCUAUGGCAAUACAUUCUUUGGCAAACCUUCGGGAAGGUUCUCCGAUGGGCGUCUCAUGAUCGAUUUUAUAGCUCAGAAGUUGGGUUUGCCAUUUUUGAGUGCUUAUCUUGAUUCUGUUGGAGCAAACUUCCGUCAUGGAGCAAAUUUCGCAACGGGAGGAUCUACAAUCUUGCCAAUAGACGGAAAAUUGUUCGAAGGAAGAUUUAGCCCCAUCUCUCUUGGCAUACAGUUUUCGCAAUUUGCACGGCUUAAAGCUCGUGUAAAUGAGGUUCUAAGUCAAGAUAAAAGCUCAUAUGUCAGCUCCAGCAUCCCAAGACCAGAGGACUUCUCAAAGGCAUUGUACACAUUCGACAUGGGACAAAACGAUAUUCAUGCUGGAUUAAGGUUUAAAACGGUGGACCAAGUGCUGGAAUCCAUUUCCGACAUGACAGCUCAGUUAGCUUUGACAAUAGAGCAACUAUACCAGCAAGGCGGAAGAAUAUUUUGGAUCCAUAACACAGGUCCACUCGGCUGCUUGCCUAUGUGUCUUGCACAUAAUCAGCCAGAACCCGAUGACCUGGACCAGAAUGGCUGUUUGAAGUCUUACAAUGAGGUGGCCCAGGAGUUUAACAGACAGCUCAAGGAAAAAGUGCUUAAUCUAAGAGCCAAGCUCUCGGAUGCAGUUCUUACAUAUGUUGAUCUCUAUACAGCAAAAUACACGCUUAUUAGUGAAACAGAGAAGCAUGGUUUUAGUGAUCCUCUAGCUCAAUGCUGUGGACGCCAAGGUGAUUCUCCUUUCCAUUGCGGGAUGAAUACUACUGCUGUCAAUGGCACUGAAGUAUUUGGUGGCUCUUGUAGUAAUCCUGCAAAGUACAUUAGCUGGGACAGUGUGCACUAUUCGGAUGCUGCAAACGAAUGGGUAGCCGAACGAGUUAUAGACGGCUCAUUCUCAGACCCUCCAAUUUCGAUCACUGAAGCAUGUCGCAAGCCUUCACACCUUUGAUCACUUGGAACUUUGACUGUGUUACAAACAUUUUCAUGUUGUAUAUGAUUAUUUUCAACUAGUGGUGCUACUAUUGCAUGAAUAGAUUCUCAUUUUAGAAAAAUGGAAGCUGAUUAUAUAACGGUCAUCUUAAUAUCACAAUGGCUUUUUUUUUUUUUGUCUUUUUCAUCGUUUAUCUUCACAUCUAUUGCCAGUUAGACCUCAAAUCCAAGACUCGCUCUACAGAUUUUGUGAACCCUUCACUCCUUUCCAUACACUCGGCUAUUGAUAACAUAAAGUUUCAGCCUCAGCU